UGUUAUUAACCACACAGGACUUGCUCGGGGCAAAGAGUGUCAGUUUACUAGCGUUUAAAUCAAGAUCGGCACCAGCGUCAUUGAAGGGUUCAAGUGCUUCGAAGAGCAGUCAUCACUAUGCAAGACGACGAAGGAUCGCCAGUGCUUCAAGAAGCAAACAUCACAACAUUUGGAAAUGAGGUGCCUACUGACUCUUCGGAAUAUGAGACAGCAUCAGACGGGAAUAACUCAGACUUCUCAGAAGACGAGGUACAAUCAGGAUGUACUGUUACCGCAUCUCAAUUGAACUCUCCACAAAGAAUGAAUUCUUUACUAGACAUUGACGAGUUUGUCAUAGCUAAGUGUCGGCUCUGGACAAUCUUUGAUGAAGUCAUUACAACCCUUUUCUUCAGCAUUCUCACUUGGGUAUCUCCAGAAUGGAAUCUGACCACUGACUACAGGGACUAUCUCCGUAAUAAAGGAACUGAUAUUAAAAAGUUGGAAAAACGAUUGAGCAAGAGCCAAAUUGAGAACUUGGAGAGUGACCAUCCGAAGGAGACUUGGGACAUAACAUUAAUGUACGUCCUUUUGCAAUGGUCUGGAGGCUUAGCUAAAAAAGAUGACCAAAAAUGGUCAUCAAAAAAAGGUGCGAAUCCUGAACGGUCUAUCACAGCUCUAAAGGAUUUAAGAAAUGAUUUGGCCCACACUAAAAGGAUAAACAAGGAGCAGUGCUUUGUCAUGAUAAGGAAACUUCGUAAACUCACGAGGAAAAUACAGAAGGGUUUAAAAAUGGACCUUGGUGGCGUUAAUAGCGCAGCAACCAGAAGAGCCAGCAUGAGAGAAAUGAACAAACAUUUUGCAAUAUUCACUCGCCAGAUUGAUGAAAUGAGGGAUGCAACUCUUGGACCCGAGACAUUUGAAAAAUAUGCAGAAACAUUAAAUAUCCUUAAACUGAUGGAACUUGUGAAGUUUGAAGGUUUACCAGUUUUAGAAAAAUAUCUAGGAAAAUUCAUAUGCCUUAGUCCUAUUUCGCAAAUUACUAAACCUUUUUCUGAACACCGAGUCCCUGUUGAUGAUAUUUACACCGAGAUAGCAAUGGAAGACAAGAAUCACAAGAAAGUUCUGCUUGAGGAUAUACUGGAUUAUGCACCGCAUGAUGACCCUAAUCACUUGUUGUUGCUCAUGGGGCAGGCAGGAAUGGGCAAAACAACCAUUGUGAGGAAGAUCAUUUCUGACUGGCUCAAGAAAACUGGGUUCAUCAAAGGACUUGAUUCCUUUGAUCUGCUUUUCCAUGUCGAAUGCAGAGAUCAUAUCGAAUCAUUUAAAGAACUUUUAGUGACCUCCUUAGGAGAUUUUCAAAAGUCGUACAGAGAUAAAGAUCUUAUCACCAUCACUCUAGGUCUUAAAUGUUUGGUCAUCAUAGAUGGAUUUGAUGAAAUAAAUUCCAGAUCAUGCAAUCUUGUCAAAGAUAUUUUCACCUUGAAGAAAUCCCAUAACUUGACUGUUAUUAUUACAACCAGACCUGAUGCUGUGGAUAAAUUGAACAAUCAAGUAAAAUGUGACUAUGCAGAUAUUAUAGCAAUUCGACUUAAAGGGAUACCCAAGCAGAAGACUGAGGAGUUUGUGCAAAAAUAUUAUAUUGGAAUUAACAAAAGCUCUCAAACUUUUCUGGGCAUAGAAGGACUGCUGAAAUAUCUCAAGAGAACCCAACACAAAAUGAGUGAAGUGUGGAAGUUCCCUUAUAAUCUCUGUCUCAUUUCAAUUCUUUGGAAACUGGAGAAAGAUGUCAGUAGCAUAACAACUGAAGCUGAGCUCCACUGGCAAAUUUUCACUGUGUCCAAAUCCAAAUUAGAGGAACGCUUGCAGAGGAAUCAGUCGACGCAGGCUUUAGAACAAAGCGUUUUGCAUAACAAAAUUGAUCAUUUUCUUUGGCAUCUAAGUAGGCAAUCACUCAUAGGAUUACAAAAAGAUGACAUCAUCCUUCCCCAUUCUGCCAAUGAAAAACUUAGAGAAGUUAGCAAUGAUUUGGGACUCCCAGUCGAAGAGUUGGCUGGCGCCUUCUUAAAUGAAGUUAUCACAAGAGGAAAGCAUUAUAGUUUUCCUCACAAAGCAACCCAAGAAUUCUUCGGAGCUUAUCACAUCAAAUUACAGAUAACAGGACAUUCCUAUGAUCCUUGGGAGAUAGCAAAAUGGGUCAAUGAAUUAUCUCAGACAUCCCUCCCAGCACACAUACAGUCCAAAGUCUUGGAUGAAUUGAGAUCACAAACAAAAGCAAAGCUGUCACUGAGAGAUGUUUUUAUAAAGCUUCAAGGCUGUUCUGUACCUUCAUCGCUUGGAAAAUAUCAGAAUACACUGAUCAAUGCACUGAGCAUUUUUCAGGUUACUCCAGAUACAGUACCAAACGAAAUCGUGAUUGAGGCCUUGGAACUCUUAGAGGAGACGGGAUUAAGAGAUAAGAACUCUUGGCUAAAAGUCAUGCAUAAUCUCAAGUGCAAUGACGCAAUAGCCAAGUGGAUAGCAGAGAGGUACGAACUAUUUGAUGAAAACACUGCAAUCACUGAUUUCUCGCUCGAGUCUUACUCAGUAUUACUGAAAGCCAUGAAGCCACCUCUUAGAAACAGAGGAAGCAUUAAGAUUAAGAUUGACCUCAACGAGAGACACUCUGAAAUAGACGAUCUCGCUCGGGGAAUUGACAAGCACAACCUUCUACUAGAUCAAGUGCUCUUCAGGGAACAUCUCAGUGCACGUCCUGUCAUGCUAACCUCAUCAGAAGAAGAUGCCAUUCAGCGGUUACUGAAGAAUUGUCAGGAUUACCGGGGUCUCUGGAAGGAGAAUUUCCAGGUGCCAGAGUGCAUGGAAAUUCUUCGUGUGAGGGUCCUGGACCUCCACACACUAGAGAAUUGUCUCUACCCAGAACUCAAGGGUGUAGACCUGGAAGUAUUAGGUGUUCACCUCGGAGCCGAUUUCAGCAGCACACUCCACCCAAUCCCUUCGGCGAGGAUUCAAAGGGUCGGCGUCAAUAUCCUGGACGUAACUGAAGAAACACUUGAUAAUGUCAAGAACAUCCUUAGAGGACUCCAACCGCAGGAGGACGACGCAGGUGUUCCAUCGGUCAAGCCCACCAGACUUGAAAGGGUGGGCACCAACGAGGACCAAGACAACAACGGACCUUCAGACUACUAA